UUGCUGCUCUUCUGGGCCUUUUUAUUUUCCUUUACCUUUGAUUGGGCCUCCUAGCUGGAAAAAAGAAAAGGCAGCCAACCCACCAAGAUAUUGGGUCUUAGUUUUAGGGGAGCCCAAUGAGCCUGUAUUACUUAUAUUGCUUAUGGGAAGUAGUAACGGAGAGAGUAGAAGAAGCAGUUGGUGGAGAAUGGAGAAAGAAAUGGAGAAGGGAAAGGUCGUAGUGGAGAAGGUGAGAGGAAAAUCAACUGUGACAAGAAGCUUCUCAAAGUAUCCCCUAAAGUUCAUUAUCCCAAGAAAGGUGGGUCCUUCCGAAACCGAUGCUGUCUGGAUUUACAGCCUCACUUAUGGCGGUGGCAUUGUCUCCGGAGAUUCUAUUUCAGUUGAAUUUACAAUUGGAGAUGGCUGCACUGCUGUCCUUACUACCCAAGCCUCUACAAAGGUCUACAAAUCUUCGGGCUCUAAGUGUUCUGAGCAAGUCUUAGAGGCAAGAAUUGGGAGUGGUGCUCUAUUUGCAGUCAUUCCAGAUCCGGUCACAUGUUUUUCCACUGCAAGAUAUUUUCAGAAACAGGUCUUUAGAGUGGUUUCCGACUCAAGUUUGGUCAUUGUUGAUUGGUUUACCAGUGGUCGUCAUGAAAGUGGGGAAAAAUGGGAUUUUGAACUUUACAGGAGCACCAACCAUAUAUUCUCUGAAGGCAAUCAACCUGUAUUUCUUGACACCGUAUUGCUAGAACAAUCUAGCCCUGCCAAUAUAGCAGAACGCAUGCACGACUACCAAGUCAUUGCAAUGGUCAUAAUCUAUGGCCCAAAGCUGAAGCUUGUUCAAGACCAAGUUCAAGAAAAUGUGAAGAGGAUGAUGUCUCAGCAAUUGCACAUUCCUUCCACUAGCUUGGGGCACCAUGCUAAAACAAACUCAGAUAAUUGUUUGACCAGGCCAGCUUUUAUUGCUUCUUGCAGUGUCUUUGGUCCAAAGGGAAUUGGUGUAGUCGUUCGAAUAGCUUCUACAACAACAGAGUCAGUAUAUAGGUUCCUCCAGCAUCAAUUGGCUGGGAUGCAGCCCCUGGUCGGUGUACCACCCUAUCAUUGAACAAGCACCACGAUACUUUUCCACAUUACUCUCUUGUCCCUUAGAAAUAAUUGUGAGCAUACCAAUAACUUAUCCUAUGUCAUUCUUUAUGUGAAAUUGUAUGUUUCGGGUAUUCUGCGCAAUGAUUAAAGGUACCAUGCAUUCCUCAAUAGUGUGUAUGUAGAAGUUCCCUUCAGUGGUUCGUUUUUCCCUCUUAUCAUGCCGGAAGCAUUUCCCAUCAUAGAAGCAUUAAUAUUUGUUUUGAAGGACCCUUUUGUUAUGGAUCUAUGAUUAUGGCUAAAGGGUUGGAUCAGGCCACUGCAAAUUCUUCGGCUCAAGCCAAUGAUUGAAGAGCACCAAUAACACUGGGAUGUUCGCCAAUGUACUGCUAGUGCUGGCCAAAAGAAAAUGAAAAAUUUACCAUUUUGAAGGAA